AUGUUAAAGUUACAAGGAUCUAAACAGUUUAGACAGAGAAUAAUAUUCUCAACACUCAGUGGUCGACCAAUAAAGAUUGCAAACAUCAGAGAUGACGAGGAGAAGCCUGGUUUGGCAGACUACGAGAUCUCAUUCCUGAGGCUCAUGGACAAGCUGACCAACGGCACAAAGAUAGAUAUCAACUCCACUGGUACAACAGUCACAUAUAUACCAGGUGUCAUUGUCGGUGGCAAGGCAACUCACGACUGUCCACUAUCACGCGCAAUCGGUUACUAUGUCGAAGCAUUAAUCUGCAUCGCACCAUUCGCAAAGACACCAAUGGACAUCAACUUUAAUGGAAUAACAAACAAUGAUAUAGACAUGACUAUAGACACAAUUAGAACUACUACACUACCUAUUGUAAGAAAGUUUGGAAUAGAGGAGGGUCUGUCGAUAAAGAUAUUGAAGAGAGGAGCACCACCUGGAGGUGGUGGAUGUGUUGUGUUUAGAUGUCCCAUUGUACAGCAGUUGAAACCACUGCAACUGAUCGAUGAAGGAAAGAUCAGAAGAAUCAGAGGCAUUGCCUACGCCACGCGUGUCUCACCUCAGAUACCAAACCGUGUGCUGGACACGGCCAAGGGCGUGCUGCUCAACUUUACACCAGACAUCUUUAUCUCUGCCGAUCAUUACAAAGGAAACGAAUCAGGACAGUCACCUGGAUUUGGAUUGACAUUGGUAGCAGAGACGACAACAGGUUGCUGUAUAUCGGCAGAGUGCAUGGGCGAGCCUGGUGAGGCACCAGAGGAUCUAGGUGAGAGGACUGCCAACUUUUUGCUUGAGGAGAUACUCAAUGGCGGAUGCAUCGAUAGCAACAACCAGAGUCUGGCAUUGUUGUUCAUGGUCCUAUGUCCAGAGGAUAUUUCCAAAGUCAGACUUGGCAAGUUGACACCUUACACAAUCGACUUUAUCAGAAACAUCAAGGAGUUCUUUGGUGUUACAUUCAAGAUUGAGCCUGAUGAGGAGACCAAGACCAUCAUCUUCACAUGUCUGGGCAUUGGUUUCAAGAAUAUGGCAAGAAGAACAUUCUAA